GUGUUUUGAUGCUCAGCGCUCACACCUGAAGUGACCGGCAGGAAGUGAAGAUCGGAGCUGAGAGCACACAGCUCUUCCCAUCCUGCUACGUCUGUGUACCGAUAGAUGGGCACAUUUGGAAAACGACACGGAUAGAAAUAUCCGCAGGGAGGGGGGGAUGCGCGCAUGACAGCCUUUGGACGUUUCCAUUUGUAUCAGCCGAGCAGGGAAUUGAAUCUUUCCACUGGGUGCUGCGUUAAAAAAACAAAAAAACACUCGCGACUGGUAAAUUAAAGAUUUGCACAUCUCGUCCGUCUCCGGCGAUCGUCACCGCAUCAUGCGAGCAGGAGAGACGCGCCCUGUGCCAUGCUGAACAACUCUUCGACUCUCCUGCUGGCUCUGACCGCGGUGGCCGCACUUCUCCCGCGAUGUCAAGGCUGGAGCGACGAGGACCUCCUCCUGCCGCCCAUCAACUCCUCCAACAGGUUCCUGGCGAACCUGGAGGUGGACGUGCGCUUCUCCAAAAGGUCUGUGGAAGAGAGCGACGCCUCGCCCGACGCCUCCUCCAUGCAGAGUCUGUCCCAGUGCAACGUGAGCGUCCAGAGACUCCUGCCCACGUCGCUGGUGGCCCGCUGGGACAGCAGCUUCGGCUUCCAGUGUGAUGUUAUCAUCUACACCACCAACAACCACGGCAGGGCUUUUUUCGCCGCGUCUUUCAACAGGGUGAUCUCGCCCGUUGUCAUCGAGCACCUCGGGGUCACCGGGGGUCAGCAGGAGUUGCGCUUGUGCGUGGGCUGCGGGAUGUCCCGGUACCGGAGGUUCGGUCAGGGUAGGUCGAGGGGCCAGCAGACCGGGGAUCAAGUCACUUUCUGCUGCGUGGAUUUCAGCCUCGACGAGCUGAAGGGGGACAAAAGUUGGAGGCUGAACAGAAAACCCAUCGAGUCGACACUUGUGGCUUGUUUUAUGACUCUGGUUAUCAUUGUGUGGAGUGUUGCUGCUCUCAUAUGGCCAGUGCCGAUCAUUGCAGGAUUUCUGCCUAAUGGGAUGGAGCAGAGGAGACCGAGAUAACUGAAAUAUCCUUCAUUAUAUUUAUAGCCUGUGCUGCCUAUACUAUAAUUGUAGCCAUCGAACUGUAUGAAUGAAUGAUUGCGGAGGAACUUUUUGAUCAAAUGCUUUAAUCUAGGGUGUUCUUAGACCUCCUUCUCUUCCUCUUUAGGACAACUGAGGUAAAGUAUAAAGGGUUAUUAUAUACUAGCCAAUAUUAAUCUAUAAUGGGACCAACACCAAUGUGUUUUGUAUACCCUUGUAGGCCUUCCUAUGUCUGCGUAAACUGUGCAAAACUUUUCUCUUUAAACAGUGUUUGUAUAGUUUUUAAUCUUUCUAGAAAGUUUUUGCCUUAUUCCAUGUGUAGGACUUUUGCACUGAAAACUGAACUUUAAAGCGUGCCAUCUCAUACACUAUAUAACCAACAGUCAUGCGCAUUUCAAAAGUCAAUGUGAUAGUUUUUUGCCCCCAGGUUAAGAUCCUUUAAAAACAUAGUUGUUGUUUAUGAUUGGCAUAGAGAGGGAUUCAGUACUUAUAUUGUUAGAUUUCUAAUGUCAAGUUGAAUAAAAGUGGUUAUUUGUAUUAAUGUUCUAAAGAUUUAAAUAAAAAUAAAACAUAUUAUAGGCCAUACCA